UAGAAAGAAAAAACCGCGAAUGGAGAUUAUGAAUAAGAAUAAAUCAGUAACAUUAGUCGACAGUUUCACCGAGAGUUUAAUCGAAAGCGCCGCGUAUUUAAUUGCAGCACUGUCGAAUUCGUGCUCUGAUCUUGAUUCGACGCAGAACAGAAGAGAUCACUACUCAAGGAUUCAGUAAGAAUGGCUGCCGUUUUCAGAAGAUUCAGAUCCGCGCAGAUCAGGGCGAUCGGCAAUACUAAAUUACCGUCAUUUAUUAACAGCCGAUCAUUUGCAAGUUCAUCGAUCCUACAGAAUGACAGCAUAGGACUAGCAUGGCGAAAAAAAUCCGACCCAACCAAAGAGCCGCACUCACGGAUGCUGUCGGAUAAAGGAGUUAUUUACGCUUUGCACACGCACAACAUUCGACCCGAUUCCACUGACAAUUACUUGACCAAUUAUGAAGAGGUUGUUAACAUUCUAAACUCCAAGAAGUCUGAAUUACAAUUGGAACUAGUCGGCUCAUGGACUGUUACAGCUGGCGAUAUUGAUCAAGCUUUGCACCUUUGGCGAUACAACGGUGGUUACGAUAGUGUUGAUCGCACACAGGUUGAAUUAUCUCAGAAUAAAGCAUAUCAACAAUUAUUUAAAGAAGGUGGGAAAUAUGUUCGAUCACGUUAUCUGCAGUAUUUAUUGGCAUUUAGUUACUGGCCUGUUCCUACAAAACGAGAAGAUUCAAAUAUAUAUGAGAUACGUAGUUAUAGACUGAAUGCUGGUGGAAUGAUAGAAUGGGGUAAUAAUUGGGCAAAAGCCAUCAAUUUUAGACGCCAUAACAAUGAACCUUUCGGUGGUUUCUUUUCACAAAUCGGUCGAUUGUAUAAUGUUCAUCACAUUUGGUGCUAUAAAAGUCUCCAAGCACGAAUGGAAACUCGGGAAAGUGCGUGGAGAUCUCCAGGAUGGGACCGAUGCGUUGCACACACAGUACCAAUAAUAAGAGAAACACAUUCCCGUAUUUUAAGUCCUACUAGCUUUUCCCCAACAAAAUAA